UGGCCGGCAGGCGAGGUAUCAGGGAUGUCUUCUUUGGCUUGGUUCCACCUGCUGCUAGUCCUGCCCUGUUUUGGCACCUCCAGGACUUGCUCUCCGCGGUGUCACUGCGAAGUGGAGACCUUUGGGCUGUUUGACAGCUUCAGCCUUACCAAAGUUGACUGUAGUGGGAUCGGAUCCCACCUAGUGCCUGUCCCCAUUCCAUUGGACACCACCUAUUUGGACCUAUCUUCCAACCAUCUGGAAGCCAUCAACCAGUCCAUGUUAACCGGGCCUGGUUACACCACCCUUGUGGGCCUUGACUUGAGUUACAAUAAAAUCUCCCAGGUCAUUCCCGCCACCUUCUCCAGACUCCGGUACCUCGAGUCUUUGGAUCUGAGUCAUAACUCUUUGGGGGCCGUCCCUGACGACUGCUUCUCUCAGUCGCCUCUGGGAGACGUGGACCUCAGCAGCAACCUUCUCUUGGAGAUCAACCUGAACGUCUUUGCCUUCAAAGGUCAAGGGAAACCCAUCAACGUUGACCUUUCCAACAACUUAAUCAGCCGGGUGUCCAGAGAACCGGAUAAAACCGUUCCUAACAUUCAGAGCUUAAAUCUCUCGGGGAACCAGUUAACCAGCAUUCCAGAUCUUCGAGGGAUCCCCCUUCGUUACUUAAACCUGGAUGGAAACCCGGUCUCCGUCAUUGAGAAAGACGCCUUCUUGGGCCUGAAAGGGUUAACCCACUUGUCACUAAGCGGCAUUCACCACCUCCUCAACAUUUUGCCUUUUAGCUUCAAGGACCUAACUGCUCUUCAAGUGCUGGACUUAUCCAAUAACCCCAACGUUAAAUCCUUGAACCCCAAGGUUUUUUACAGCCUGAGUUCUUUGCAAGAGCUCAACCUGUCAGGGACCGGGGUGGCCACCGCUUUCUCCAGACCCAUGUUGAGAUACUUGCCUUCCAUCAAAAGCGUGGCCUUGGGCAACAACAUCCGGUGUCUGAGGACCAUUCGUGAAGGCCACUACCACAGAGUAGCUGGACCGAACAAGAAAGAGGUCCUAAGGUGUCACAAUGGCCACGGAUCCGUGGCGCCGUACGUUUUGUGACGAGAGGACAUGACGGGACUCCUUUUGUUAAAAACACAGCCACCGAUGUGCCUUCUGUAAAAGCAUUUAAUUUAUAUCUUUUUUGGUAUAUGUCAAUUCUGACGUUAUAAUAAUUGAUUGGACAGAG